AAAACCUUCCAGUAGCACCACAGGCGGGUGCUGCACAGAGACAGACAUAUAGAGCUCGAUGAAUAAAAAUUUAAACAGAAAAGUUGAUCAAGCUAACUUUUAGCUUUACUAAAAUAUUUAAAGUUUCGAAAACUUUUGCAGUUUAAGUUUUGUACUUAGAAUUCACGUGGAAAACUGAGAAGAUGACGAGUCUGCUGUGCAUCACAAUUAUCUCCCUGACCCUGGCGGCUGCCAGUGCAUACAGUGAGCCGAUGACCCUUUCCAUACGACCAACAGUUAUGGUUUUGGGUGUCCUGGGUGAAAACGUCACCCUGCCCUGCCUGCUCCUGUCCAAAGAUGCCAUUGCUCACACUGGUGUCCGAGUCAAAUGGACCAAGGUGGCAGAAGAUGAAGCACUGAAUGAGGACGUGCUGCUUUCCAUGGGAUUCCACAAGAAAACCUACGGAAGCUUCGCAGACCGUGUGUUUAUGAACGAGACCGACAACGAAGACGCCUCCAUAACAAUCACAGAUGUCUCCUUAGCCGACGCUGGAAAAUACCUCUGUGAGGUCAUCAACGGCAUGGUAGACAUUUUGGAAGAGGUCAUCUUGGAUGUUCAAAGUAUUCUCACUGAAGGUGUUGUGUUCCCGUACUCUCCCAGUGAGGGCCGCUACAACCUGAACUUCGACAACGCUACACAGGCCUGCCUGGAGCAGAACGCGUCCGUUGCCACCUUAGAGCAACUGCACGAGGCGUGGAAGGGCGGCCUGGACUGGUGUAAUGCUGGCUGGCUGAGUGACGGCACGGUGUACUAUCCCGUCACCAAAGCCAGAGGGCCGUGUGGUGGCAACAAAGGGCCCGGCCUGAUAAGCUACGGAAUUCGCAACAAGCAGAUGGGCCGCUAUGAUGUUUUCUGCUUUGCUCCUGCACUCAAGGGAAGCUUCUAUUGGCUGGUGCAGCCCGACAGACUGACCUUUGACGAGGCUGUGCAGGCGUGCGUCGAUGACGGGGCGGAGAUCGCCACGGUCGGCCACAUGUACUCCGCCUGGAAGCUCGAGGGCUUCGAUCGCUGCGACGCCGGCUGGCUGGCUGACGGAAGUGUCCGUUACCCCAUCUCCAGGCCCCGCAAGAACUGCAGCCCCACCGAGGCUGCGGUGCGCUUUGUCGGAUUCCCAGACAAGAUGCAAAAGUCGAACGGCGUCUACUGCUACAAGGAUGAGUAGUGAGGUGCUCGGCAGGGGUAGGGAAGCCAUAACCACCAAAGAGAAGUCAUAGCCACAACCAUUAAAUUACAACAAUAAAGCAGAUACGCUUUAGAUCUUAACUAGCAUGAGCUCAAUACCUUUCUGAAACUGUGAUAACCCUCUUUUACCCGCUAAAGAAAGAAAUACUGUACGUCUUAACUCCAUAUGACAAAAAAUGUCAGAGCCAUUGAGUCCUGGUUUUUUUCUAACUUUUAUUGUAGACAGACUCUCUGAGAAAAUGCAACAGUGCUAAUUAUGAGUAUGAGUGAUGUGAUCGAGACAAGAACUUGAUGGUUGUGAAACAUGACCUAAGUUAGACUUGUCCUCCACUGAAUGAUUAGAUGUGUGAAGAUGAACAGCAUUCACACUCAACUUUAGAAACAUAGAUGUGAUAAAAGAUUCAUGAACAUAACUACCACUGUUGAACUAUGGCUACGUACGUACAUGUUAUAUUGCAGUAAGUAUUCAACGGGAUUCCUCUCUAAUCAGAGUUAAUGCUCUUUUUCCCACGUUUUUCGACAAGAGAAUAUCAAGAAAAUGAAUGUAAAUGCCUUGAUGGACUGUGACCUAUUCUGCAUUCAUAGCUCCUUUUAUAUCAACCUCCAAUUACACUUUGAAAUACAGUUUCAGGAACGAAUGUGGUAUGUUUGUCUUAACAAACUUGUUUUUGUACAUGUUUAUAAUGAUUUUUUAAAGACAGAAAAAACAGAUUGUCAGGUGUCAGGGUUUUUUUUGGUGACAUUUUAGGGAAUUAUAAAAAACGACAAGAUUUCAGCCAGAUAAUGCGGAAUAAGUACACAUCUUCCUCUUUUGCUCGUAACACAAACUUUUAUCAAAACAAUCCCUGAUUGUUUUAGAGUUAUAGCAAUUCCCUCCAGUAGCUAUAAUUAUAACUAACAGAUGCUGAAACUCACUUUGACUAAAGACAGUUUCAAAUUCUCACUGAGGUUAUGAUCUGUUAAGGUACAUUUCUAAACACAUUUUUUUUUUUAAAGGGCCCAACGGACCCACAGAGCAUGUUGUGUACAUACAGAGCAGGUAAUCCAAAGGUUUGCCACAACCCGACGCACCCUUUUUAUCUAACCCUCUUGUACUUACUGCAGGUUACAUCUGGUGAUACAUUUCCAGAACUUAACUCGCAUACAAUUUGUAUUCACACAAAAAGGUGACGGUAUUUGUAUAUCUUAUCGCCAUGUACCUUUUUCAACAAAGCAGUUUGAAAUAAAGAAAACGACUUUCAAAACAA